UGCGCGAGCGCCGGCCGCUGUCGGGUGUGUGUGUGUGUGGAGGUGUGCGCCGGUGUGUGCCGGCCGGACCGAUAAGAUAGCGUGGGUGUCCGGCGCCCGGGACGAGCCGGUCAGAGGUGGUGCGGCGCGUGCCGAGGGUGGAACCUACCGACUCCGGCACAGUGGACGCCCGGAGUGGUGCCGUGCACCCGGCCGGUAUGCCGGCGAAACAUGACACAUCCGCAACACAACUCACUUCCCGCGCCCGUCAAGGUGGAUGGAAACUGGGUCAUAAAUAAACGCCAAGGCGCGACAGACAAGUUUCACAAUGUAAGGGUGCUAGAAUACAAUAAGCAAAAGGGGUUCGGGGAAGGCACGUUGAAGGGCAUGUAACAACAUGCGUCGAAAGGCUCGUUGCAGGGAUGUUUAACGUCGUGGCGGUGGAGAUGACGCCGCUUGAGGGCGGCCUGGCGCUGGUGCGGCACCUGCGCGACCUGACGCUCGGUGACGUCACGCUGCUGCGCCGCGUCAUGACGCGCAAUGCCAGCUGCCCGGCCGCCUGUUCGCACGGCGAGUGCCACAACGGCUCGUGCCUCUGCGAGAUCCAGUUUGAGGGCACUCUCUGCGACACACCCAACCUGCCGUACUACAUCUCGUUCGCCGCCUUCUUCUUCCUGCUGGGCGCCGUGUGUCUGGCGCAGCUAGUGCUGUGUGUGCGCGCCGAGUUCGCGCGCAUGAAGACGCCCUCGCUGCUUCGCGCCUGCCGCGUCACCACGCAGAAGGCGCUCUACCUGCUCAUCUUCGCCGCCGCCGUGCUGCGCGGCAUGUACUUCGCCGCCCCGGAGUACAUGGGCGAGGAGUGGACGGCCGGCCUGCUGAGCGCCUACUAUGCUGUGCUGCUGACCGGCUCGUCUCUGAUCGUCUGCUUCUGGGCCGAGAUCUUCCACCUGACGGACAUCCGGUGGGACCGGCCGCGCUUCCUCAGCAAGUCGCUGCUCGGCUUCCUCGCCUUCAACGUCAUCACGUACAGCCUGCUGGUGGCCGAGAUCAUCCUGACCGUCAACGAGACGGAGAGUCAGAAGGACUUCUUCAUCCACGUCUUCAACGGCUGCUACGCGGUGCUGCUCUUCAUCGUGGUCGUCUUCUUCCUCAUCUACGGCGUCGAGGUGUACUUCAAGGUGCAUGGCGGUUUCAUGGGUGAGAAGGUGCGCCUGGGCUGCGGUCGGCUGGCUGGCGCCGACUCGGCGCCCGCCUUAGCCAUCUCUACCUCCGCCACCUGGAGCCAGGAGGUACGCGGCAAGUUCGUGACUACCAACGGCCAGAACGUGAACACGUCACAGCUGCACCAGUCGCGGUUCGGCCUGAUCUCGCAGGCGAUCAUGCUCAUGAUAACGGUCUGCUUCCUCUUCAGCGACAUCCUCGGCGAGUUCUGGAGAUACAAGGUGACGCUGGCCAGCCGCAACGUGCACGACCUGGUGUUCCGCAUCGUGGAGCUGGGCGUGGCGCUGUGGUUCCCCUGCGUUCUGUGGAACUCGAUACGGCCGGAGCAGCUGUGGAUCCUGAACCCCAAGCAGAUCCUGCGCAAGCUGGAGAUCGAGCCGGCCGGCUCGCCGAUCGACCGGGACGAGGAGCGCAAGCUCAACGACGCACAGGGCGGCUGCAGCACCGAGUCGCUGCUGGAGUGCUGGAUCUGCUACGACAACGACACGGAGGCGAGCGGGCCGCUGAUCCAGCCGUGCGAGUGUCGCGGCAGCACCAGCGUCGUCCACCACGAAUGUCUCAAGAAGUGGCUCAUGGAGUGCAGCGAGACGACGCUGGGCCAGCUGCGCUGCAAGGUGUGCGGUUCGGCGUACCGUCUGGAGCAGGGCGGCCGCGCCUGGCUGGGACGCGGCUUCACCGUGCGCCACUGGCUGCAGACGGCCGUGCUGGUGACGGUCAUGUGCGGCGCCGCCGCCGGCUGCUGGGCCGUCAUGCGCUUCUACCUGGACGCCUGGAUCCGCACGGCCGCCGUCGGCUGCGUCAUCAUCGUGUACUACGUCUGCCUGAGGUUCCUGGGCCUGAACUGCCUGACGGCCUCGCAGCGCGCCCAGGUAUCGGCGGUGAAGAUCCUUGGCCGGCGGCUGUCAUCACUGAGCCCGGGCGCCUCGCCGCUGCGGCGGCAGCCCAAGCCCAGCGUCGCCGUCGUCGCCGACGACCAGCGCGUCGACGUCCUGCUGACGGCCGUCUCCGCCGACGACGUGACGCGGCUGGACGAGACGCGCAUCUGAGGCGCCGUGCGCGGCGCGGAGCGGCGCGAGAUGCCGGCGCCGGCGGCAGCGGGCCGCAGCGGCGUUGCCGGACGUGUGCGCGGCGCGCGGCCGCCGCGUGGCCGCCGCAGCCACGUGGACGGACCGGCCGAUUGCCAGCUUUAAUUGGCGGCCGUGUCUAUUUCCGAGCAGCGGAUUGGUCGUCCGGGCGUGGACGUGAGACUCGGCGUCGGCCGCCCGGGUCGGCUCGCCGCGGGCGGAGCGGCGCCGGCCGGGCCUGCCGGGACGUCGGGAAGGCCGCGCGGUAUUAGUUGCGGACAGCGUGACCUCGGAGGAAGUGUCGGGGGCGGUUCCAACGGCGGCGUAGCCUCUGCGAGGGCGGCGUCGGACACCGCUGCGGUGGUAGGGUAGAAGUCUGUCGCCUUGCGUUGUAAAUCCGCCAUUUUUUCUCGUUUUAGGGAAGCCUCCUUUGGUUUGUAGCGGAUUUGUUACCGGUGAGGUGUACGGCUCGUGCGUGAUAUACUUCCGCCUGCUUAGCGUAGCUAUUCAAUGAUUGAUGAAUAUUCUGUGAUCAAAGCAGAUUUACUUCGCUAUUAUCUUCGUAUGUGGCUCUUCCUUCCGCAUGUUAAAUUAUUUUGUGAUGCGUGCGGAAAGGAUGGAAACCUCUGUGAUGUCGGAUACGACAGGAGUCGUUCGUGUGCUGUAUUGGUUUCGUCUUUCAAUCCGUCGCCUCUGUUGGUGUAAUGCCUGAAAUCCGGAUGUUAUCCCUUCGCACUACUUGGGUGCCUGAUUGCGUGAUCCUAUCUGGGUUAAACCCAGAAAUACACGUUAGAUGAAUGCG